GAUUCUGCUCGCCAUGACAACUGGAUUCUGGCAACCCGGUGAAUUGAAUCCCUUGUGUCCGCCUAUGCGUGAAGUAUUUAGCGAAGAGUGUAUGGAUUUGCUCUCGAGAAUAGGCCCAGCUCCCUACGGACCAGGUCCAGGAGAGCACACGCUAACCAUGGACCAGAUAUGCGCACAUCCGUGGCUUGCUCCAGCGUAGACAUGAUGCUCGGAGACUAUGGAAAUCCGAAGGUUUAUGUAGAUUCGUUGUGAAAAACCGAUCAGCAUGAGACGAAGCAGACAUUUGAUCUUGUGGAGGUAAAAUUUUGCAUCUCACAAUUAGGCCAGGAUUGGCACUGACCUGAAGACGCAGAUGUUGUAGUCAUGUCCAAGACAUCAACAGUAUUGUGUUCUUCUAAAACUGGGGCCCUUAUACACAACGCCUCAAUGGCGAGUGCUAGACUGUCAAGGCACUCUACAAUUACUGGGUCCGCAACUAACUGCAAGGUACGUACCGUCAGACUGAGAAGCACAGAAUGAAAGAAAUAUCUCUCGUCAGGUGGUAUGAAGGAAUACGGAGAUCGAUGACUUUAGAAGUUCCUGAAAUAAUGAAGCAAAAAAUAUCUACCUUGGAAGACACCCCCAAAACAUAAGAAUUAUCGAUACCAACCAGAACAGAAAUUUCUUACGUAGCAGCUGAAUCAGGUAAACAUAAGGCUUCUUACGAACCUGAUAUUCCCUGUAAGUACCCUUGCUUUUGAAAACCCAAGAAUGCCAGCUACGUACCAUAGCUGGCAUUCGAGUUUGGUUUGUCCUUGUAGAUUUGUUUCAGUCUGCCCGUCUACUAACCUCAAGCGAAUUCCCCGUCCAAUGAGAAUGUACAAGCUAAUCAUGUUCCAGGUGAAAGGUUGGCAACGCUUCAGAUUGAUCAUGCGUUUUGUGAUUAGCAAGCAUCAUCGUCCGUCCUGCGAUUGCAUGGCCACAGAGGUGGGAGAAUUCUUGCACAGAUGUCGAGACAGUUCCAUCGGGCUCUGAUCGGGCCGGGGCUAAUUCAGAAGGAUCUCUAGCUCGGUGGUGAUUCAAAUGGCUGGCUCACGUCGGACAUCGCUUGUUUCAGAGCGUUCGAUCUAUAAUUCUACAUCUACGUAAAAAUCUGCCACUGACCCAGAAGUUCCGAUAAGCUGAAUUUAAGAAUCUCUGCAUAAGACAGUUCUACAAAAUGAAGCGUGGUCACAAUUCAGACGAUGCAGAAGGAGGACGAGAAGAUGAAGAGGAAAAGAGGACAAAGGGAGAUGGGCCUUCUCUGAAUGUGAAAAUCCUGAACAGCGAGGAAGAAAUGAGCAACCAUUAUAAACAACUCGACCUGAUCGGGGAGGGAUGUUUUGGUCAGACUUUCAUAGCUCACCCGGCAAACAAUCCGCGUAUCAGAUUUGCGAUGAAAGUUCAGACGAAGGAGAACCCAUAUGCCCCGGCAGCCUUCGGGAACGACGGAGCCUAUGCAGAUGUGCUGAGAUUGUACAGAGAAAUAGUAAUACUAACCAAAAUACUUCCCAGACACAGGAAUAUAAUUCAGGUUAAAGACACCCUCAUAGGCCCGGAUAACCUUUAUAUCUUGACUGAAUUAUGCACGCAAUAUACUCUCGAAGACUUCUUCCCCAAGGCCGAUGCUGUCACGGGCAAGAGAAUCUUCAGGCAGUUGGCGGAUGCAAUUCUGUGCAUCCAUCAGCACGGAGUGGUCCAUUGGGACUUGAAUUUGUUUAACAUUCUUUUCGUUGAUGAAAACCUGGAAGAAUGCAAGAUCAUAGACUUUGGUUUAUCGGCUUAUCACCCAAGCUGGGCCACAAAGACUAACAACAAUUUUGAUCCGCGAGCGUGGUUUCGCGAAGAAGAGCUAGAUCUACCGAUGGGCCCAAACAAAUCUGGGGACAUAAAAUGUUUGGGUUAUUUCUUGCAUUGCAUUCUGGCUGGAAAGUUUUGCCCAGUUAUGAUUGCAAACAUGGACGUGGAAAUGACAACCACUUACAGGCCUAGAUCGGAACUCUUUGGUCAAGAAGCCAUGAACUUGCUUAAGAUGAUAGGACCAAGACCAUUCGGACCUGAGCGAGUUGAAGAGUUGCCACCUAUAGAGACUAUCUGUCAGCACCCUUGGCUUACCCGAUGAUCUCCUUCUAAAAUAUAUUUAACCUCAUUGAAUAUGUGUUGUGUACGGAGUCAUUAAAACCGAGGAGCUACUGUGAACGGUCUGAAACCUCAUUGAGUUCGCUGUAGAAUAUAUCGCGUGUUUAGAUAAACCCUUGAGAUUCGAGUCAGGAUCAAUGGAAAUUUUAGACUUGCUACUACCAAACUAGCUUCAUGGACAUUCCCUCUACUCUCUACAUUCUGUCCAAAGCGAGCAACCUACCCAGAACGUUGUUCCUAGAUCUACUCAGGUCAAAGGAGUAUUUCUGCAGUUCUGUAUUUCUCCAUGUUAUUCGGGAAGUACAGCGGCGCUGUUUAGAUGACAAACUUUUUGCUUUCGCCUUUCUCUGCUCUCCUUGUAAGACACACUAGUCUCCAGCGGCUGAUUUUAUGUGGGGGAAAGGAGCAAUGCGGCUGGAAAUAUCUUGUCAUUCAUGAUUGGAUGUGAGGUCAACAGAUGUGCUAAUCGAGCUCGGUCGCGGUGUCGUGAUCAUCUGACUAGGCCGUGGAGAAUCUCUGAAACCAAAACAUUGACAAGGUCAUACCAUUCCUUAUAAUUGCUCGGUGUUAGUCAAGAGAAUCCCAAGGCCUAGAAAGCCCAAAUUCAGCUGUUUUUCCGAAAUAUUUGUAAAAGU